AUGGAGAAAAUCUACAAUGCCAAAAGAUGCUCCAAUGAGAGCAGACUAGUGUAUACUGAGUACCAACUGACAGGAGAAGCCUGUCAUUGGUGGAGUGCAAUGAAGGCGCUGUUAGAGGAUCAACGUAUUCCUGUCACUUGGGACUUGUUCAAGGAGAAGUUUUAUGGGGAAUUUUUCCCUGACAGUGUUCGGUUUGCCAAAGAAGUAGAGUUCCUCCAGCUGACACAAGGAGGAAUGACCGUAUCAGAGUAUACCGAUAGAUUCAAGCACCUCGUUCGAUUUUACACCAUGGGAAUCAACGAGGAAUGGCAAUGCAGGAAGUAUGAGAAUGGGUUGAAGCCGGAUUUGAAGGUAAUGAUUUCCAAUUUGUGCAUAAAGUCCUUUCCGGUCAUGGCUGAAAGAGCAAAAGUAUUGGAAAGAAACAUGUUGGAAGCCGAACGAUAUAAGAAGCAACAACAAUCGACUGUUCGAGUACCUGUUCCCUCCCGCAGUAGUCUCAGCCUAAGGCAGACCCCUUACUCUCGACCUCUUCCUUUGAGGUCAGGUUCCUCCUCUCAAGGAUCCGUGUCUGCCAAUUACUCAGACCAGCCGGGAUCAAUAAGAUGCUUUAACUGUGGAGGACCACAUUACCGGUCGUCCUGCCCUCAGCUAGGAGGAUACAAACAUUGUUCUCGGUAUGGACGGAAUGGACAUUUUGAUACCGAAUGCAACAUGGGAAGCCGAGCUGUCAUGAGACCUCCCAUUGUAGGCAGAACUGCCCAGAGAAGUAGUGGAAGGGCCCAAGCUGUGGGUCAGGUAUAUGCUUUGACAGGAGUGGAGGCAGCAAGUUCAGGUAACCUUAUCAUCAGUACUUGCUUGCUGUUUGGUGUUCCCUGCUGUGUAUUAUUUGAUUCGGGGGCAACACAUUCCUUUAUCUCGAAGGCAUGUGUUGAAAAACUGGGUCUAGCUGAGUGUGAGAUGCAGCUUGAUUUGGUGGUGACAACCCUAGCAGCUGGUGAGGUUAGGACAUCUACCGUAUGUGUUAGAUGCCCUAUUGAGGUAGAAGGGUAUAAGUUUAAGGUAAACCUCAUAUGUUUGCCUCUUCAAGACUUAGAAGUAAUUUUAGGAAUGGAUUGGUUAACCUCCAAUCACAUUCUUAUUGAUUGUGGGAAGAAGAAGUUGAUUUUCCCAAAAGAAGAGGAGAAGCUGACUUUGACGCUCGGGCAGAUCAGAGAGGAUUUGAUUGAAGGUGCCAUGAGUUUCCUUAUUUUGACAGGUGCCAGGCCUACCCCCACCAAGAGAGGUUGA